CACCAAAUGGGACACUGCCUGCCACUUGUCAUCAAACCUUCGGUCAAGUUGUCACACCGGGGACACCGAGAACUCCACAUAAAGCAGUCUACUACUCCAGCCCACACAAACCCGGGCUCUGAUACGACAUGUUGGGAUCGCGCGUACCCUCACCCAAAAUUUGCAUUAGUAUGAUAUUGUUCGUUUUGGGCAAAGCUUUCACAGAUUAGUUUUUGGUCACCUCCCAAAAGCCUCAUAUAUACUAAUGCCAAACCAUCUUGUACCGCCGCUAACACCAAACGGGACACAGCUGCCUGGCGACCACUUGUCAGGAAGACUUUCGACACAAUGCAUCUCCUGCAAACCUUCGGUCAGUCGUACAUAGUGUACUUGGGAGGACAUUCCCAUGGUGCGGAGGUAACCACAGAAGAUCUUGGUCGUGUGACCCACGCACAUCAUCAAUUCCUUGCCUCCUUCUUGGGGAGUGAUGAGAAGGCUAAGGAUGCCAUGAUCUACUCCUACAAAAGACAUAUCAACGGCUUUGCAGCUCUCCUAGAAGAACACGAAGCCGCUGAGAUUUCCAAGCAUCCGGAGGUGGUGUCACUAUUCUUGGAUAACAAGAGAAAGCUUCACACUACACAUUCAUGGGAGUUUAUGAACAUGGAGAAGAAUGGUGUGGUCCAUUCUGAUUCUCUCUGGAAUAAGGCCAUGUUUGGCAAAGACGUUAUCAUUGCAAAUCUUGAUACAGGUGUGAAGUUAAUAGGAGCAAAGUACUUCAACAAAGGGUUUCUAGCAGAUAAGCGCAACAACUUGAGCGACUACAUGAACACCCCAAGAGACUUCGAGGGCCACGGCACCCACACCCUCUCCACCGCCGGCGGCGCCUUCGUCCCCGGCGCCAAUGUGUUCGGCGUCGGGAACGGCACCGCGAAGGGCGGCUCCCCGGCCGCCCGGGUGGCGGCGUACAAGGUGUGCUGGCCAGCCAAGGAAGGCGGGUGCUACGACUCCGACAUCAUCAAGGCCAUAGACGCCGCCAUCCACGACGGCGUCGACGUCAUCUCGAUGUCCCUUGGCGGCGACCCGGGGGACUACUUUGUUGACGGGAUCGCCGUCUCCACCUUCCAUGCCGUCCGCAGGGGCGUGGCCGUCGUUUGCUCCGCCGGAAACAGCGGGCCCGGUGCCGGGACCGUGUCCAACGUGGCACCGUGGAUUAUCACCGUCGGCGCGAGCACUCUUGACAGAGAGUUCCAAGCUAACGUUUACCUCAAAAAUGGUUUGUUUAUCAAGGGAACAAGCAUUUCCUCAGCAAUGCCGCAGAAGUGGUAUCCACUGAUCAAUUCAGCUGACGCUAAAGCUCCCAAUUCGACCGCACAAAACGCGACGCUGUGCAUGCCGGGAAGCAUCGAUCCAAACAAGGCUCAGGGGAAGAUACUGGUGUGCACCCGGGGAGUCAACGCCCGGGUUGAGAAAGGGCAGGUGGCGGCCGCCGCCGGAGCCGCCGGGAUGAUUCUCUGCAACGACGAGGCCAGCGCCAAUGACGUCAUCGCUGACGCCCACCUCUUGCCCGCCACUCAAAUCACCUACCUCGACGGUCUCAAGCUCCUCCGCUACCUCGCCAAUUCCACGGAUCCGCGAGGGUAUAUUACGCCCUCGAAGGCGGUGCUGCCGACCAAACCGGCUCCCGUCAUGGCCGCGUUCUCAUCGAGGGGUCCAAACAGUGUCACUCCAGAAAUCCUAAAGCCUGAUAUAAUUGCACCAGGGGUGAACAUAAUAGCGGCAUACUCACAAGGAGUAAGCCCGACCGGUCAAGCUUUCGACACCCGUAGGGUCCCAUUCAACGUUGACUCGGGGACUUCCAUGUCUUGUCCCCACGUUAGCGGCAUUGUCGGCCUCCUCCGCAGCCUCCACCCUCACUGGAGCCCCGCCGCCAUCAGAUCCGCCCUCGCCACCACCGCGCGAGUGAGAGACAAUACGGGGAGGCAAGUGAAGGACGCGGACUACGUGGACGCGACCCCAUUCGACUACGGGGCGGGCCACGUCCGGCCGAACCGGGCGAUGGACCCCGGUCUGGUCUACGACCUGACCGAGACCGACUACCUCAACUUCCUCUGCGCGAGCGGCUACAACCACACGGCCAUGAAGCAGUUCUCCGGCGGGUCCCGCUACUUGUGCCCCACCAAUCUCGACCUCCUGAGCUUCAACUACCCAUCCAUCUCCGUUCCCGCCCUCUCCGGUCCGGUCACGGUCAUCCGGACCGUCAAGAACGUCGGGGAACCCGGGAACUACACCGCCCGGAUACGCCAGCCGAGAGGCGUGGCCGUGUCGGUGGAGCCUCAGGUCAUGCAGUUCAAGAAACACGGCGAGGAGCUGAGGUUCAAGGUCACUUUGGAGCCUACGAAGAAAGUCGAGGGUCCCGUCUUCGGCAUGCUACGAUGGUCCGAUGGGGUCCACUACGUUAGAAGUCCUAUUGUUGUGGAAAAUAUGCCAUUAGUCGUUACGCUCUGCCCACACGCACUCUCAUACUCCGUCUCCGUUACGCACACGCGCUACCCCGAGGUGGCCGCGAAAGAGGUUUUCCGGCAAGCGGGUCGAUCGCAACUCACAGAGCAGUCUUUGGUUUGUGGCUGUCUGGCUGAUCGCUUCUCCGAUUGGCUAUGCUCUUCAUCCUUCGUCGCUGCAACGGUUCUCAGAAGAGAAGAAAAGAUUAAAUCUUCCAGAUUUUUUUUCAGAGGUUUCGGAGCAGAGAAGAUGAGGCUGAGGAAACCGGUGCUGUUAUCGUUGUUGCUGGUGACCGUUCUCGCCCCCAUUUUGCUCUACACCAACACUGGAUUCACUUCCACUCCAAGAGAUGAAUUUGUUGAGGAAGUUUCUGCUUUUACAUUGGGUGGUGAAAUCAGGCCUUUAAAUAUGCUACCUCAGGAUACCAAUGAACCAUUGGGCGUAGUCUAUUCUAAAACUUCCAUACUAUCCCAUUCCAGAACCUUGCACAGCAGGAGUGAAAAUGGCAGUAAGACGAGACGCCUCACUGAAGAAUUACUAGAAAACAGAAGGAGCAAUGUUCAGGAAACUGAGAAAGCUGACAUUGAUGACCCCAUAAGACAGGCGACUGAAGAAGGGCUCAAUACCCAUAAGGGACGUGAAAAGGCAGUGAAAGAGGAAUCAGCUGUGGAAGUUAAAAGUACCGAUAAGAUUACUGCCGUGGAACCUGACCACAAAUCUCAUAAUUCCUCUACAACAGUGGAAAAAGUACAUGGUCAGGGGACUCUUCAAAAGUUUAGAACCAAUCACACGAGUAGCAAAAAUGAGAAACAGAGAGAACAGAAAGUAUUUACAGAUGCUCGUAUCCACCAGCUUAGGGAUCAACUCAUAAGGGCAAGGGUAUAUCUUUCACUGUCUGCAACAAGAAGUAACCCUCAUUUUGUAAGAGAACUCCGUUUGAGGAUGAAGGAAGUUGAGCGAGCACUUGGAGAAGCGACAACAGAUUCCGAGCUACCAAGAAACGCAAAUGUCAGGAUGAAGGCAAUGGAGCAAACAUUGGCUAAAGCAAAACAAAAUCAUGAUGACUGUGUCGCUUUUAUUAAGAAGUUGCGUGCUAUGCUUCACUCAACUGAAGAGCAACUUCAGGCACAAAAGAAGCAAGCUAUGUUUUUAACCCAUCUUACAGCGAAAACGCUUCCUAAGGGUCUCCACUGCCUUCCUUUACGUCUUUCAACGGAAUAUUUCAAGUUAAAUUCCUCUCAACGGCAUUUCCUGAAUGAAGAGAAAUUAGAAAAUCCCAAGCUAUAUCACUAUGCCAUCUUCUCAGAUAACAUAUUAGCAACAGCUGUUGUUGUAAACUCAACUGUUUCCCAUGCCAAGGAUCCUUCAGAGCAUGUUUUCCACAUAGUCACUGACAAGCUUAAUUUUGCUUCUAUGAGAAUGUGGUUUUUGAUAAACCCACCACAGAAUGCUACAAUAGAAGUUCAGAAUGUGGAGGACUUCGCGUGGUUAAAUUCAAGUUACAGUCCGGUUCUCAAGCAAAUGGGCACUCCUUCCAUGAUUAAUUAUUACUUCAAGGCUCGUAAUGCAGAUACUGAUUCAAACAUGAAGUAUAGAAAUCCAAAGUACCUCUCAAUCAUGAAUCAUCUUCGUUUUUACAUACCCGAUAUUUUUCCUAAACUGAACAAAGUUCUAUUUUUGGAUGAUGAUAUAGUUGUUCAAAAGGAUCUUACUGCCCUUUGGUCUCUUAAUAUGAAAGGUAAAGUUGUUGGUGUGGUUGAGACGUGUGGAGAAAGUUUCCAUCGUUUUGAUCGGUAUCUCAACUUCUCAAAUCCUAUGAUUUCCCAAAAGUUUGACCCUCAUGCCUGUGGUUGGGCUUUUGGAAUGAAUAUAUUUGAAUUGAGUGAAUGGAAAAGGAGAAAUAUCACUGAGGUGUAUCAUUCCUGGCAGACCUUGAAUAACAACAGACAAUUGUGGAAGUUGGGAACCCUCCCGCCCGGUUUGAUUACCUUUUGGAAUCAUACAUAUGCUCUUGAUCGAUCGUGGCAUGUCUUGGGCCUCGGCUACAACCCAAAUGUAAGUCUGAAAGAGAUUGAAAGAGCUGCAGUCAUACAUUACAAUGGCAACUUGAAGCCAUGGCUUGAGAUUAGCAUCCCAAAGUUCCAAAAUUACUGGUCAAGAUUUAUUGAUUAUGAUCACGAAUUUUUGCGGGAGUGCAACAUUAAUUCUUUAAGCAGCAAUUGAAAUGCCUAAUUCAUAGUUCCAAUCUCAACUGCUGCCACAUCUUAGCUCUCAGAGAAUCACCAUAAGGAUUAAGGAGGGACGUCCUUUGGGAUACCAACAGUCUGUCGGCCACACUAUUUGGUCAAACAGACGCUCAAAGCAACACUAUGGUAACUUAAAAGGAAUUUGAAGGGUGUACGAAGGUCAAAAGAAAUCUUGACACAAAUU